AUGCAGACCGUCCGGCGGCUGUACCUCUGCGGGCUGGUGUUGGCCGUGCUGAUCCAGGCAGGGCAGCAGAUGAGCUCCCAGGACUUGGAUGACCUGUCCAGAUGGCAGUCGAACGAAUCCCAAAGCGGCCGAAGCAUCACAUCCAAUAUCAAGCGACACUCAGAAGGCACCUUCACCAGCGACUUCACCCGCUACCUGGACAAGAUGAAGGCCAAGGACUUUGUGCACUGGCUCAUCAACACUGAGCGGUACAGGUAA